UUAAAUGAAAGUUUAUAAAAGUAAGAUUGAGUGAGGUGGUAUAUGUAGAGUAGCUCAAAGUGCAGUCUCUCUCUCUCUCUCUGCUUCCAGCUUUCUCAUCAUUAAUCUGAUCUCAACUACCGGCAGAUUUGUUAAAGAAUAUGGGUCGUGGAGUCAGCAGUGGUGGGGGUCAGAGUUCCUUGGAUUAUCUUUUUGGGAGUGGAGAGGCUCCAAAGCCAAGCACAAACAAUGUGCGAGCUGCCCCAAAGGAAGUGCAGGCUGUGAAUGAACCUACUCCCAAACCAACUGCUUCUCCUCCCCCUCCCAAACCUGAAUCAGUAGAUAUCACCAAGCAGAUUCCUGCUGGUAUCAAUAGUACUUCUACAAAUAACUACAUGCGUGCUGAUGGCCAAAACACCGGAAACUUCAUUACGGAUCGACCCUCAACUAAGGUCCACUCUGCCCCAGGUGGUGGAUCGUCUCUGGGUUACCUCUUUGGUGGACCAGGUGGCAACUGAGACAUGCGUUCGUAUCUUUAGUUUGGGGAACAUUUACAGUGGAUGAGGAAUGUUUUCAUCCUUUAUAUAAACAAUGAAAAGUUGAUGGCUCAUGGGAAUGUAUUAUAGGUGUUGUGGUUGUUGGGAUUAUUCAAUUAGCAGUGCUCUAUUUUAGAUGCUUGAACAUCUGAUUCAGAUUUGUUUGUAAUGAACAAAAGAGUUUUUAAGUGCAUGCUUGAUGUUGUUUGUA